AUGGGCGUGGGGAAGAGCGCCGAAAAUGUCAUUCAGGACCAUGAAAUAUUGACACCCAAAGAUGAUCCUGGCAAUGGAGCUGUCGAAGCAAAGCCCAGCGACGAGGAAAUCGCCCUGGAGAAGGAAUUGUUACGAAAGAUUGAUCUGCUUAUUAUGCCCCUCAUUGUGGUCAUCUACCUGAUGAAUUUCAUUGAUCGAAACAACUAUGCUGCAGCCAGAUUACAAGGUCUGGAAGAUGAUCUGAAUCUGACAUCUGAGCGAUACCAGGCUGGGCUGGGAAUAUUCUUCGUUGGAUACAUUCUCGGUAGCGUGCCGUCGAAUCAAAUAUUGAAUUAUACAGGUCGCCCGUCACUCUACCUUGGUCUUACCACGAUCGCCUGGGGCCUUGUUUCUGCUCUAACAGCAUUGGUACAGAGCUAUGGUGGAAUUCUUGGUUGUCGGUUAGCACUUGGUUUCGUGGAGGCCCCAUUUUUCCCAGGCGUGCUUUUCUACUUAUCCAAGUGGUACACGAAAGGAGAACUCAGCAUGCGAAUGUCCCUUUUUUACAUUGGAUCUUUGAUUGCCGGAGCACUGGGUAGUCUGAUUGCGGCUGGCAUUCUUCAUGGACUGGCCGGUAAGCAUGGACUCCCCGGAUGGCGAUGGUUAUACAUCAUAGAGGGAGUCAUCACAAUCGUUCUUGGUUUCCUCGUGAUACUUCUGUUACCAGAGUUUCCACACACUUGGAAGGGCCUUUCGCCUGAGUUGAGACGAGUCGCCAACCGCCGGAUGGCAAUUGAAGCUGCUGAAGCUGAUAUAGACGAAGGGGAAGGGAUGUCGCAGUGCACGUCCUGGCAUUUGCCUUUAUGUGCAAAUCGGCCGCAGGAGGCUUUUCCUUCUUUUUUUCCUACUCUGACUCAAACGCUCGGCUAUAGCAAUACCGUGUCUUUGCUGCUCUGCGCUCCACCAUAUGCCUUCGUGGCUCUUUGGAGUAUCGGGCAUUCAUGGGCAUCUGACCGACUGCGCAAACGCUUCUGGUUCUUGAUAUACCCGAUGCCGGUCGUAAUUAUCGGCUGGAUAAUCUUCAUGACCACUGACUCCUUUGGGCCGAGAUAUCUCUCGCUGUUCCUGAUGUUGAUGAUCUUUUCUAUCAAUGGAACGUUCUUCGCAUGGAUUGCUACCAGUAUUCCCCGGCCACCGGCGAAGCGCGCAGCAGCAUAUGCCUAUAUCAACGCUGUUGGAGGCAGUGCUUCUAUCUGGACGCCCUUCACCUACCGCGACGAGGACAAGCCCCAUUAUCGUCCCGCGCUGGGACUGAACAUUGCUCUGUGGGCAGUCACAGCUGCCUGUUUCGUGUUCAUGUACUUCAGCCUGACGCGAGAGAACAAGCGUUUGGACCGACUGGAAGACGAAGACGUGCCUCUGAGCCACGAGGAUUUCGAGCGAUUGCAAAGAACCGCCGAGGUAGAGGGGGUCAAUAUUGCGACCGCGCGAAGAUUGCAGAAAAACUAUCGAUUUGUGAUUUAA